UACACUCAAACAUACCAUCACAUAUACUCACAACACUUACUCACAUCUUUUCUUACUAGUUCUACACUCAAACAUACCAUCACAUAUACUCACAACACUUACUCACAUCUUUUCUUACUAGUUCUACACUCAAACAUACCAUCACAUAUACUCACAACACUUACUCACAUCUUUUCUUAA